UAGCCCACAUUUUUACCGAAUGGCCAAAAUGUUAUUAAAAUCUAUGGUCACGGCACACUGAAAAUGAUUUUAUUUUUGAAAAUUCAAACCGGAAACACACUUUGUGUAACUUGACAGUGAACUCUCCAGUAAGGUAACGUCGGAUGAUCCACAGAGAAAACAGAGAAGCCAUUUUGUAACUAUAACAACUUCAGUAAAUCAGCACUUCUCUUCAGAAGUCAUGGCAGACCUUGGCAUCAAAGCAGGAGACAAGGUGAUGAUGGUUUGGGCUCAGCCCUCAUCACCAGCAGCUCUGAAACAGCAUGCAGAGGAACUGGGUGCCAUUGUUGGUCCGGACAGCAAAGUGUCAGUGGAGAACAUGGACAGAUUAUUGCUGUCCUCCCAUCCAGCGUCCACCUUUGACUGGGUGCUUUCUUGCCUUCUGGCUGAUAGCUCCUCCAUCCACAAUUCAGAGACUCUAGAAGAAAUGGCCAGAGUGCUCAAGCCUGGUGGGAAGCUAAUUCUGGAAGAAGCAGUCACAGAAGCUGAGGCGCAGAGUGUGAGGACUGCUGAGAAACUGAUGUCAGCUCUGAAGUUGUCAGGCUUCACGUCAGUGACAGAGGUUAGUAAAGCAGAACUGAGUCCUGAGGCACUGAGCUCCCUCAGGACGGCCACUGGUUACCAAGGAAACACUCUGUCUAGAGUCCGCAUAUCUGCCUCCAAACCCAGCUUUGAGGUGGGAUCAUCCAGCCAGAUUAAACUGUCAUUUGGGAAAAAGCCAGUUUCAGCUGAGAAACCUGCUCUGGAUCCCAACACUGUCAAAAUGUGGACACUGUCAGCCAAUGACAUGGAUGAUGAUGAUGUGGAUCUGGUGGACUCUGAUGCUCUCCUGGAUGAAGAUGACCUGAAGAAGCCAGACCCAGCUUCUCUUAAAGCAACCAGCUGUGGAGGAGCCGCCAAGAGGAAAGCCUGCAAGAAUUGUUCCUGUGGUCUUGCUGAGGAGUUGGAGCAGGAGAGCAAAGGAAAACAGAAGACUAGUCUACCGAAAUCUUCCUGUGGAAGUUGUUACCUUGGCGAUGCGUUCCGAUGUGCCAGCUGUCCGUACGCAGGGAUGCCAGCAUUCAAACCAGGAGAAAAGAUUGUGCUGGACAACAAGACACUGACUGAUGCUUGAAACACUGAUUUCACAUCCCCUACCGUUCAUGCUUCAGAGUUUUACAUUCCUUUCUUUUCCAUCCACACCGAGAUGCAAUGCAAAAAAACAGAGUUGAAAUCUCUGUCUCUUCAGUGGAGCACAUUGUAGAUGUGACGGGGAUUUCAGCCUGUUUGUCCGCUCAGUGAGAUGGCUUCUAUUUGAUGCAUUCAUUGUUUGAAUUUUCCAACAAACAUCUGGUUUCCUCAGUGAUUCACCAGCACUGAUUAUGAUGCCCUUGUGUAGCAACAAUGGCAAACUAUGUCCACUGAGAUUUUCUUAAUUUGUUUGGCAAUGCAGCUUUGACAAUGAGCAAGAAUGAGAUUUGAAUAAAACAGAAAAGUGCACUGUCA